GAAAAACACAAUGAAGAUAUAUCCUUCUUGGCUAUCAAACAUGACGUUGGGAUAUCAACUCCUUAUGUUGGUAUUCUCACUUCUCCUCCUAACCAUUUCAUCAGAAUCUAAUAACCAAAACCAUCACCCAAAUCCAAUGUAUGGUAGUUUCCGCCACACCAUUCCCCAUCCCUAUUGGCUAAUUAAGAGGGUGAACAGAGAUGAUAUGAAGAGGGAAGUUCCAUCAGGUCCGAACCCCGGACAGAAUAAUAAAAGAAUGGUGCGUGACGGCCCAAACCCGACACAAUCAGCUAUGAAGAGGGAAGUUCCAUCCGGUCCGAACCCCGGACAGAAUAAUAUGGUGCCUGACAGCCCAAACCCGACAGAAUCACUGGCCACAUCAGCGAUACCAUACUUGGUUGUGAAGAAGGAUGUAAAAGGGCAUCCAAAAGACGAGAAAAGAUCAGUACCUAACGGCCCAAACCCGAUGGAACCACCAGCCACAUCAAGCAUACCAUAUUGGGUUACGAAGGAGGAGGAUGUGAAGAGGCAAGUUCCAAACGGUCCAAACCCGACUGAGCCUCCUUUGUCAUCAUUGAUUUUAACAGAUGAGAAAAGAUCGGUGCCAAACGGCCCAAACCCGAUGGAGCCACCAGCCACAUCAACGAUACCAUAUUGGGUUGUGAAGGACAGAAAGUGGAAAGUUGUGAUACCUUCAGAACCAAGUCCAACUGAAUCCCCUAUUCCAGUAGUUCUAGUAUAAGUUAUAUAUCUA